AUGGAUUGCAGAUUAAAUAAAUAUGUCUCUGAAUGUUAGAUUUGGUAGGGACUUCAUCACUUCACACAAUCACACAGUAAUUGAGUAUAUGUAUUUGUAUGUGAUGCAUGUAUGAAUUAUGAAGAAAGAAAAAAAAAAGAAAAAAAAGGAGGCAGAGAUAAACAUAAUGGGGGGGUGGAGCCAGACAACUUUUACUUAUAAAUGUGGCGGGACUUGCUAUCCAUUUCAUUAGAAACCUGCAGCUGAAGAAACAACAGUCAGAUCACAGAGCAGAAGAUAAGCAUGAAGUUUAACACAGCUUUGAUUGUUGCCGGAGCCAUACUUCUCAACAUAGCAGGUUCCCUCUGCCAGUUAGAUGUGUGUGGUAAAGCCCCCCUCAACAACAAGAUUGUUGGAGGAGAGGAUGCAACAGCAGGAGCUUGGCCGUGGCAAGUCUGGUUUCGUAUCGCCUCUAAUGGAAAUCUGUUUUUCUGUGGCGGAAGUCUGAUCAAUAAGGACUGGGUUUUGUCUGCAGCACACUGCUUCCAAGGCCUCAGUGCAUCUGGAGUUGUGAUGUACUUUGGGCGUCAGAGCCAGUCGGGCUUAAACCCUGAAGAGACAUACAGGGGAGCAAGACAAAUCAUCAUCCAUCCUAACUAUAACAAUCCUGUGCAUGACAAUGACAUAGCACUGGUCCAGCUCUCCUCAUCUGUGACUUUUUCUGAUUACAUUAGUCCUGUCUGUUUGGCAGCUGCUGGUAGUACAUUUGCUGGAGGUACAAAGAUCUGGAUCACUGGAUGGGGCAGGCUACACUCUGGAGACACUGAGAUUUCUGACAUACUGCAAGAGGUGCAGGUCCCUAUUGUGAGCAACAGUGACUGUUAUACUGCUUAUGGAGGGCUCAUCACAAGCAAUAUGAUUUGUGCUGGAAUAAUAAAUGUGGGAGGGAAAGGUUCAUGUCAGGGAGACUCUGGAGGUCCAGUGGUCAAUAGAAACGGCUCCCUGUGGAUUCAGUCCGGCAUUGUGAGUUUUGGUGGAGUCAAAUGUGAUGACCCCAAAUAUCCCAGUGUGUUCACCAGAGUUUCUCGGUACCAGGACUGGAUCACCUCUAACAUAGGCAGCAACCCACCUGGAUUUGUCGGAUUUAACAACAGUGGAUUCAGAAGUUCACUCAGCCUCCUUUUAUUUGCCAUUUCUCUCAUGUUCUCCAUCAUUCCUUUCACCUUCUCCUUCUCUCUCUCUUCAUAAAGACUGUUUUAUCAGUAAUCCUCAGGUUUCUUUCAUAAAGGACAGUUAUGCUGUACAUUCUCUUAUAAAUAGUUGAAAAGAACAUAUUGUUAUUGUUAUCUUUUUAAAAUUGAACUAUUUUGAAAAGCUGUUCUUAUUGACAUUAAGAGCAUGCAUCAAUGAUGUUCAGCAUGCUUGAGCAAUCUGAGAUUUAUGAUAUUUGCAUAAGUAGUAGACAUCAACCAAUAUAGAUUUUUUUUUUUUUACAAUGAUACCAAUUAUUUGUUUAUACUGUAUGUCUGAUAGCCCAUAUGCAUAACCGAUAUGGGGUCUGAAGCUCUGUAAUGAUCAGGGAUACUGGUUGUUGAAAAUGUAAUUAUCUUUAAUUAAAUACAAUGUUAUCACACUGUCUAAACAGAAUAAAUACAAAAGAGGAAACUGACUUGGGGAAUGCUCUCUCAGAUUUUUGUGUAAACUGAUAUUUUGAUGAUACAAAGUUAAAAAAAAAAAAGCAGUUUGAAUGUUAAAAACAUUUUGAAUGUUAAAAAAAUAAAUAAAUAAAUAACCCUAAAUCCUGACCCCAAACAUCAGUUGCACACACUCCAACCCGUAAACAAAAGACCCAUAUUGCAAAACCAGAACGGAGGAAAAACAAGGAGAGUAAACAGACAGCAUUGAAUUUUUAGCUUUUCGGUAACCAGGUGAUCACAAAACUAAUUAGGUCAGGGUGUCCACAUAUGUGGGGGUAUUCCAGAAACAGGUUGUAUGUCACAUAUUUUGCUUUAAUUCUAGUUCCUGUUUUUGGUUGUCCCAGUUUCCUGCGUCAGUUUCCUUCCACUGGUUAUAGGUUACUCACUGGUUAACUGAUUAUGCCCACCUGUAUAAAACUGCUUGCAAACAGAUCCUGACUAAAUCUUCCUCCCUGCAACCGACCGUGACAGAAGAAUGCACCACUUUAAUGGAUCUAGCAGCAGUACAGAUCCUCCUCCUCUCACAGGGGGUUCUUUCUCUUGAACAGCAUACACAGAAGUUUCUAGAUCUCGUCCAUCAUAUGCACUACCCUGACAACAACCACUGUGUGUUUCACUGUGUGAGGUGGCCCUCAAAAAACAUUUUUGAGUUCAUGGACUAGAUGCUUUUUCACUGUGGUCCCCCCUUUAUCAUCAGAGAUAGCAGAGAGGAAGAGAGAGAUGAGGCACACAAACUAUCAUCUGCUUGCCCUCCAGAGCUCAGCCAGCCAUCAUAGUUUAGAGUUAGAUAUUGAAGGAAAUUACAUGGGUUAAUCAGUGAUACACGUGUUUAGAAUCACUUUGAGUUCUAAUUCAUAGAGUUGAUUCAAACCAACUUUCUUGUUGAAUUGAUUUCAAAUUGAUCAAACCGAUUUAUAUUUAUCUGUGCAUUUAGCAGGCACCUGUUCAAAAUGAUGUUUGCAUUGCAAUCAGGGUGUAAUGAAUACGCUGGUUGCUAUCUAGUCCAGCAGAGGGCAGUAUUUCAUAAUAUAAAGAGAAGUGCCUCAUCUAGUCUAAGGAAAAGUAUUAUACACCUGGUU